CACUGCGUUGACGUUGUCCACGUCGCCGGCCGCCGGCCCUUUGGCCAGAACAUUGUCAGCAUCUACGCCGACGGGCACCUGCGGAAGACGGCGCAGCUCCGUUUCCCCUCCCUCCAUGAGUCCUUCACCUCCUGCUGCAUCGGUUCCACACCCCCCCCGGCCACCACCACCAGUCACCCACCAGCAUCCCAUGGGCCAGAGCUGCUCUUCCCUUCACGCCCUGCGCUCGGCCGCUCCCAAUCGGUCCCCGCUGCCCUGGGCCCCCACUCUUGGACCCCUACUCAGCCCCCCACAGAAGGAGUGGUGGCCACCACAGCAGCCGGCAGCCAGGACACCGAGUGGGGCAGCCCCACCUCCCUUGAGGGUCACCUGGGCUCCGUGGCAAUCUUCUGUGAGGCCCUGCAGCAAACACAGGUCAAGGCGCUCUUCUGUGCAGGACCAAACGUCACAUCACCGUUUACACUGGAAGGUGACUUGGUGGAGCUGGGCAGCAAGCUCUUGCUGUACUACACCCCACAGGCCUGCAGGAACAACAUCUGCCUGGACCUCUCUCCCAGCCACGGCUUGGACGGGAGGCUGACGGGACACAAGGUGGUCAACUGGGACAUCAAGGACGUGGUCAACUGCGUGGGUGGGAUGGGCGUGCUGCUGCCCCUGCUCGAGCAAGUGGUGUCCAAGAAGGAGGAGCCCGAGGAUGAGCAGGAGACCAAUGACCUGGUGGGACCAGAGCUGACGUCCUCCAGGAACGCCCAAGGCAUGCUCAUCCCUCUGGGAAGGUCCUCAGAGAGCAGGCUGGAGAGGAACAGCGUGGCUGCCUUCCUGCUGCUGGUGAAGAACUUCAUCCAGAACCACCCGGUGAACCAGGAGAGCCUGGUGCAGUGCCACGGGCCAGCCAUCAUCGGGGUGCUCCUUCAAAAGGUCUCUGGUCCACUGCUGGACAUGAGCACGUUGAUGGCCUCGCAGAUCCUCAUGGAGCAAGUGGCCUCUGAGGGCAGCGGGCUCCUCCUCCACCUACUCUACCAGCAUCUCCUCUUCGACUUCCGCAUCUGGAGCAACAGCGACUUUGCCGUCCGCUUAGGUCACAUCCAGUAUCUGGCCAACGUCGUCAAGGACCACAAGCAGCGCAUCCGCAAGAAGUAUGGGGUGCAGUACGUCCUGGACUCCAUCCGGACGUACUACGGCACUUCCAGGGAGAAGACCACAACCACCGACGACAUCAAGACAGUGCAAACGUCCCUCUUUAGCUUGGUGAAGGACUUCUUCUGCAGGAGCUUCUCCGGGGAGGAGAUGCACAACUUGCUGAGCUACGUGGCUGGGGCACAGGAAGAGCAGCAGGUCUGCGGGGCGCUGGAGGUGAUCCACAGCCUGCUGAAGGGUUCGCCUGCCCAGGAGCAGCUCUUCGCCUUCCUUUUUGAGCCAGGCCAUGUGGAGGUCCUCUUCUCGCUGCUGGUGCAGAAGAAGUUCUCGGAUGAAGUGCGGGAGAGGGUCUUCAAGGUUCUCUACAAGAUGCUGAAGUACGAGAAGGUCCCUGAGCGCAGCAAGAACCGCCUGAAGCUGAAGGACAUCGGGUACCAGGGGCUCAUCGCCUUCCUCAGUGAUGUCCCCAGCUCCAUGCUGCUCUUCCGCUGCCUCUCGGAGCAGGUCCUCGGGGCAGAUCCCCCCAACUACAAGGACCUGGUGGCCGUGGUUUACCUGUCCCACCGGGCUGAGCUGACCGUCCGGCUCGACAUCUGCCGCAAGCUCUUCCACUUGAUCUACGCGCAGCAGGACAUGGUGAAGCAGCUGGCGAGGUUGGCCGGCUGGCAGGACACCCUCACCAAGCUCUACAUCAAGGAGUCCUACGAGACUUUUUGCAACGCGAGCAGCGGGGGCUGCCUGGAGCUCCACCGCCUCUCGGACCCCAUUGGCAAAGAGGGGACGAGCCCACCGCUGGCUGAACUCCGCAUCAAGUCCUUCCACUCCUACAACUUCAAGUCUUUUGACUCCUCUGACCGGGCCAGCCGCUCGUCUUCCAACCCCGGUGAUGGUCCUCCCUUUGAUGGUGUCUACCACCCGCUCUCGCCCUUCUCCACCUCACCCUUUGACCUGGGACUCGACCUGGCCAGCACCAGCUCCAUCGCCACGGCCGAGAGCGGCACACAGACCCCAGCCAGCGGCCCAGGCACCCCCUCACCCUUGGAGAGCUUCAAGCCCUUCCCCGGGAUGCGAGCACGCAAGAGCUCCAGCCUCUCCAAUGUCCUGGAUGAGAACAGCUACCAAGAUGCACUGCCCAGUGACAACAUCUCCAACACCAGCAACCCCCAGCAAACGCCCGAGGAGGAGCUGUGCAACCUCUUGACCAACAUCGUCUUCUCGGUGACCUGGCGUGGGGUGGAGGGCUGGGACGACAUGGCAUGGAGAGAGCGUGGACAGGUCUUCUCUGUCCUCACCAAGCUGGGGACGGCGGGCGAGCUGGUGCGGCCCCCCGAUGAGAUCAAGCGCAGCCUCCUGGAGAUGAUGCUGGAGUCAGCAUUGACGGACCUGAAGGAGUCGGGACCAGCUGCCUCACCUGGUCUCACCCACAAUGCCCUCAAGCUGCUGCGAUUGCUCCAGGACUUCUUGUUCUCCGAGGGACACAACAACCAGGCCCUGUGGAGUGAGAAGAUCUACGAGGGGGUGAGCAGUCUGCUGGACAAACUGGGCGUCUGGUACCACCUGGCCAACGGCACCUCCGACCUCAAGGAGAUGGCCCAAACGGGUCUACGCAUCCUCGUGGGCUACAUCAUGCUGCAGGACCCCCAGCUGCAUUCACUGGCCUAUGUGAAGCUGCACAGCCUGCUGCAGACUGCCUCAGCCCCCAAAAAGGAUGAGGCUUGCUACCUGCUGGGCAAGCUGGAGACCCCACUGCGACGCUCGCUGGACACCAAAUCGGAGACCUUCUCCUGGUUGGUCCCCAUUGUCCGGACACUCAUGGAUCAGUGCUAUGAGACCCUGCAGCUGCAGCUCUUCCUGCCCUCGCUGCCCCCCACCAACGGCAGCCCCACUUUCUAUGAGGACUUCCAGCUCUUCUGCACUACCCCGGAGUGGAGGGGCUUCAUCGAGAAGCACGUGCAGCCCACCAUGGCCCAGUUUGAGAUGGACACCUUCGCCAAGAGCCACGACCACAUGUCCAAUUUCUGGAACGCCUGCUACGAUGCCAUGAUGAGCAGCUCCCAGCGGCGGGAACAGGAGAAGGCAGCCAGCCGCAAGAUGUUCCAGGAGCUGGUGCUGGAGCCAGUGGCAAAGCGCGCCAAGGCGGAGAACACCCGGCACGCCAACGUGCUUAAGCAGGCCAACAACCACCACAGCACCGUGCUCAAGCAGUGGCGGUCCCUGUGCCGCCUCCUCACCUCGCCCCGCUCCGCCUGGGCUGACCGGAACCCAGCAGAAGUUCGCUGGAAGCUGUCAAGUGCCGAAACCUACUCCCGGAUGAGGCUGAAGUUGGUACCCAACCUGAAUUUUGACCAACAUUUGGAGGCCAGCGCCCUACGGGACAACCUGGGAGCCGACCACCUCCACAACCCCACCGAGUCUCUCCCACUUGCCAUGGCCAAGGAGGCCAAGGUGAGCGAGCUGGAAGAUGACCAACUGGCCGAGGAGGACCUCCCUGUACUGGACAACCAGGCUGAGCCCAAGGAGCAGAACCAGCGGGAGAAGCUGGUGGUUUCGGAGGACUGCGAGCUCAUCACGACGGUGGCCGUCGUCCCCGGCCGCCUGGAGGUGACAACCCAGCACGUCUACUUCUAUGAUGGCAGCAGCGAGAAGGAGGAGACGGAAGGAGGGAUUGGCUACGACUUCAAGCGCCCCUUGUCCCACCUGCGCGAGGUUCACCUGCGCCGCUACAACCUGCGCCGCUCCGCGCUCGAGCUCUUCUUCAUCGACCAGGCCAACUACUUCCUCAACUUCAAGAAAAAGGUGGGGGCACCCCUUCCCUGCAACCCCGAGCCCCCAAAGGUGAGGAACAAGGUCUACUCCUGCAUCCUCAGCCUGCGUCCCCCCAGCCAGAUCUACUUCGGCAGUCGAUCGCCCCAGGAGCUGCUGAAAGCCUCAGGGCUCACCCAG